AUGCAGAGCAGCCAGCACAACGAAGUUCAGCCGGCCGCAACGGCAAACAACAACCAGAUGAUAUACUGGGACCCGCAGACUGUCGUGUCUCCCUCGAUAUCCCGGUUCGAUGACGAGACCAAAGACCCUGCCGGGAUGUGGUCCGUCGGAGGCAGCACCACAGUGUCUCUGUCAGGGAACCAGGGCACCCUGACCGAGAAGCAGCCGGUACUGACGGCCCUGUCGAGACACUUCCAGGCGAACAUCAACACCGCAUACACAGACAUUCUCCUCAUCAUCUGCGGGUUCGUCAGUGGGCUGGUCGACGGACUCUCCUUCAACGCCUGGGGGAGUUUUUCCAGCAUGCAAACCGGAAACACCCUCUUCAUCGCCCUAGGCGCCUCGGGCCAACCAGCCUACCCAGCAUACCUCUGGGCCAAAUCCCUCAUCGCCCUGACAACCUUCCUCCUAAGCAACGUCAUCUUCAUCAACACCUCGCGGGCCCUCGGCCCCCGCCGCCGCUCCACCCUGAUCCUCUCCUUCGCCGUGCAAACAGCCUGCCUCCUCACCGCCGCCAUCCUCCUGCAGAUGCAAGUCGCCGGCCCGCGCCCCGAAGACCCGCGCGCCCCAAUCGAGUGGAUGCAGGUGCUGCCCAUCGCGCUGCUGGCGUUCCAGGCCGGCGGGCAGAUCUGCACCUCGCGCAUCCUCGCCUUCGACGAGAUCCCGACGGUCGUGUUGACGACCUUGCUGUGCGACUUGCUUGUCGACCCGAAGCUCACGGCGCGCGGGUGGAGCGCGAACCCGAAGCGGAACCGGCGUGUCGGGGCGUUCCUGGCGCUGUUUCUUGGGGCGAUGACCGCGGGAGGGUUGUCCAAGACGACGGAGAUGGCGGCGAGCUUGUGGUUUGCGAUGGGGUUGAAGUUUUCGAUUACGAUCGCGUGGUUUGUGUGGAGGGGAGAGAGAGAGGGGAAGGGGGAUGUGGAGGGUUGA